AUGGGCAAUGGUUUUAGGCGUAUCGCCAAAAUCAAGGACGACGCAUCAUUGCAAGUGUUGUAUUUCCUCCCAAAUUCGACAUAUAUUGAUUUGUAUGUGGAUUUGGAGGUGGCGGGUACUUCUAGGUCCCAUUUAGAAGUAGGGACAAGUAGUGGUGGGCCGAAUGUGGAGAAUGUCGAUUACAUGGAAGAUGAUGAUGUGGGUGGACCGAAUAUGGAGGAUGGCGAUCACAUGGAAGAUAAUCACGCAGAAGAUGAUGAGGACUACACAUCAAUAAGUGAUCAAAGCGAUGAAAACCAAUCAAUAUCCGAAGGAAGUUGGGAGAGUGAUGAAGAGGUCGAAGACAAAUUCGCCACAAGGAUAGGCACAUAUAUCGUUCACAGGAUUCGAUGGUUGAUUGGUUGUAUUACUGUUAAAUUGGAGUCUAACUAUGAUUAUUCUAUGACGGCUGAUCAUGAACUGCAAAAUUAUGAUAUGAGUGCUUUGAUUGAUUCUGUAUGUGUUCCCGGAAGGUUGGAUGGUAUUGAUAUAAUUACGUUAUGGGUUUGGGAGCGUAUCCCAAGACUUCAACCGAUGAGGAAAGUUAAAGAUCAGAAUUACUUGGUGCCAGACGCUCCACUAGGCAAUAGGUGGAAAUGCCCAAAAUCCAAAGCGAACAUCGCCGCUCAUUAUGUUGCUGGCAUCAGGGAUCAGUUAUCUAGCCUAAGGGAUGGUGAUGACGUGGAUCUUUGUUGGGCCAUCAGAGAACCAUACGAGCCCAAUCGGGUCCUUCGUCAAUUUCAGUGUAAGCAAACUGUGCCAGAGUACCCGUUAAUCAAUGACAUUGAUCGCUGGAAUGCGAUACACCACGGAUGCCUUGGGACUGGAAAGGCAUAUGAUGAUUGGGUGCAAAAACACACCGAGUCUUCAAAUCUCAGCGACGUAUAUCAUCUCGUUGAUGCAGCCUUACAGGAAAAUCCUGGCCUCGGUGGUAGUCUAGAGGAUAAACUUUUGCAAAUCUUCGACAAGAAUUUCAGUGCCCUGACUUUGGGCCCACGUGAUAUGAGCACUCAGAAUGAUACUAAGGUUCUUCAGAAAAGACCACCAGAGUCAAGUCAACCUGUUGUACUCACGUAG